GCGAGAGCCCACUUGCGAGGCGGCACAAGCAGCAUAAGGCAGCAGCGGCGCGGCGGAGCCCGGGCGGCGGCAGCGAGGAGCGAGCGGCGAGCGGCGAGCGGGGAGAAUUAAUAAAGCGGCCCCCCCUUUAAAAAAAAAAAAAAAAAAAAGGCAAAAAAAAUAUAUAAUAAUAAUAAAAAGAGAGAGAGAGACAGAGAGAAAGCAGCGAGCGCGGCGCGAGGAAGAAUUAAAGAGAGGAAGAAUUAAAGCCGGCGGAGGAGGAGGAGGAGGGAGGAGGAGAGACGGAGCGCGGAGAGAGGAGGAAAGAAAAAAAAAAAAAAAAAAAGCCGCCCGCACACACAAAGCGGAGCGCGGCGGUGGAUGUGGCUGCGGCGCGCAGGACUCGCGGCGAGAGCGGCCCCCAGCAGCCCCGCCGCCCGCCGCCCCGCGCCGCCCGCGGCCGCGGCGUUCCCCGGCUGUUCGUCCGCGCCUUGAUGGCUUUCCUGAAUGGCUGACGGCGAGCUGCCCUGGAGCUGGCCCCCCGGCACCACCCGCCUCUCCGCCGGCAACUCCGCUGCGGAUCGGCGCUGAGAGCAGCGGGCACAGCGGCGAAGGGAUUUUUUUUUUUUUUUUUUUUUUUUCCUCUCUCUCUUUCUCUCUCCCUCUCCCCCCCCUCCCUUUCUCCCUUCGCUCUUCCCCGUGCUCGGCGCCGGGGAGCUUCGGAGAAAGGAGAAAAAAAAUAAAAAUUUUAAAGAUAUAUCUUUUUUUUUUUUUUAUCUUUUUUUUUUUUUUUUUAAAGCAACAAAAGGGAGAGAGAGGGAAAGAGAAAGAAAGGAGGAGGAGAAAAAAAGCAAACUGCUGCAAAGCUGAGCUGCAGAGCAAAGCAAACAAACUUUGAAAAUAAAGGGGGAACAGGAAGUUUGGCAACGGUGUCCAAUAGAUAUGGCAAUGGUAGUCGGUGCGUGGCGAGACCCCCAGGACGAUGUGCCCGGAGCUCAGGGAACGCAGCCAGCGCCCGCCCCGCCGGUGCAGGGCCCCCCGGCCGGGACCCCGCACACCCCGCAGACCCCGGGGCCCGGCGGCCCCCCCAGCACGCCAGCGCAGAGCAACGCGGCGAGCCAGCAGAGCCAAGGGGACAAGCAGCAGCAGCAGCAGCACAUUGAGUGCGUGGUUUGUGGGGACAAGUCUAGUGGCAAACACUACGGCCAGUUUACCUGCGAGGGUUGCAAGAGUUUCUUCAAGCGGAGUGUAAGGAGGAAUCUCAGCUACACUUGUCGUGCCAACAGGAACUGUCCCAUUGACCAGCACCACCGCAAUCAGUGUCAGUACUGCCGCCUCAAAAAAUGUCUCAAAGUUGGCAUGAGACGGGAAGCGGUCCAGAGGGGCAGAAUGCCACCCACACAGCCAACUCACGGUCAGUUCGCCUUGACAAACGGGGACCCUCUCAACUGCCAUUCCUACCUAUCCGGAUAUAUCUCCCUUCUUCUGAGAGCAGAGCCCUACCCCACCUCCCGCUUUGGCAGUCAGUGCAUGCAACCCAACAACAUCAUGGGCAUCGAGAACAUUUGCGAACUGGCAGCUCGGAUGCUCUUCAGCGCGGUGGAGUGGGCCAGGAAUAUCCCCUUCUUCCCAGACCUGCAGAUCACAGACCAGGUGGCCCUGCUCAGGCUGACCUGGAGCGAGUUGUUCGUGCUCAACGCCGCCCAGUGCUCCAUGCCCCUCCACGUAGCCCCGCUGCUGGCAGCCGCCGGCCUCCACGCUUCGCCAAUGUCUGCUGACCGAGUGGUCGCCUUUAUGGACCACAUACGAAUCUUCCAAGAGCAAGUAGAAAAACUGAAAGCGUUGCAUGUCGACUCCGCAGAAUAUAGCUGUUUAAAGGCCAUAGUCCUCUUCACCUCAGAUGCCUGUGGUCUCUCUGAUGUAGCCCAUGUUGAAAGUUUACAGGAGAAGUCACAGUGUGCUUUGGAAGAGUAUGUUAGGAGCCAGUAUCCCAACCAGCCAACACGAUUCGGGAAGCUAUUACUACGUCUCCCCUCCCUUCGCACUGUCUCCUCUUCUGUCAUAGAGCAAUUGUUUUUCGUCCGUUUGGUAGGUAAAACCCCCAUAGAAACCCUAAUCAGGGAUAUGUUACUGUCUGGCAGCAGUUUUAACUGGCCUUACAUGUCCAUUCAAUAAAAUAUUCGAGAGAGAGAGAGAGAGAGAGAAAAUAAAAAUAAAAAUCAAAUAACAAUUGAGAAGGGAGAUGAGAGUGAAAGGAAAGCAAAUGACAUUUGGGUUCUGGUUGUUUCUUAAAUUUCCUUCUGCUAAGAGAGGACGUAAAAGGAUGUUACAAAGUUUGCAAAGUGAAGACAGGAAAAAAAAAAAAUAAUUAAUGGACUGUGAAUUAAAAAAAAAAAAAAAGAGAGAGAGAGAGAGGGAGAGGGAGAGGGACUGUCACGUGAACUUUUACAGAAUGCAUUACAAACUCCCGUGUCGCUCCGAAAAUCCAAGUUGCUACUUAUCGUUUUUUGUACAAAACUUUAAAAAAAAGAAGAAAAAAAAAAUUAAAAAAAAAAAAAAGAGAGAAAAAAGAAAGAAAGGAAAAAAAAAGAGAGAGAAAGCAGAAGGAAGGAGAUGGCGGUGGGCUUUUUCUUUUUUCCUUUUUUCUUCUUUUUUUUUUUUUUUUUUUUUUUGUUCCUUUUCUUUUUUGGGGGGUCAACUUUUUAAACAAUUCUCGCUUAAAGUGCAUUUAAAGGAAAUUUGGAGAAAAUGAGCAGAACGGAAGGAAGUCUUUUUUUUUCCAAAUUAUUAAUUGUCCUAUGUGUCUAUGUACCUAUAGCUGUUCUUUUUUGUAUUUUUCUGGUUUCAAACCAGUUUAUUCUGUGGUUCUAUAAUAAUUUUUGAUAUAAUCUUGGCUUCUUUAAAAAAAAAAAAAAAAAAGAAAAAAAGAAAAAAAAAAGAAAAAAAAAAAAAAAAACCUGUGUAUCCUUAAAAUAUAUGUUCUGAAAGAAUUAAAACUGAGUCCAGGAACGUAUCGUAUAGGAAGAAAGGAAAAGAGAGAGAGAGAGAGAGAGAGAGAGAAACACAAACUCAACAUCACGGUGAUGGAAGCGCACUUAAGGUGGUGACCCAAAAUCUAAGCUUGAAGCUGAGAGAGCUAUAAUUAUAUAGACCCGAAUGAACCACACGUGUCAUACAGCUCCCCCCAAAUCUCGGUUUUUUGAUAUUUCGGACAGAAAAUGAACUGUGGGGAUUAUAUUCUAGGUAGAAGGAACUGUGUCCAAGACACACCACGGUUUUGAUUUAAAAGCAAGCAAACAAGCGAAGUGAACUUUUGUAAUUCGAAUUGGGUUCCACAUAGUUCAUCAUGAAUUGUUAUUAAACUCCUCUAUCUGUUUGUAUAUUUGCAAGCCCUUUGUAUUAUAAUAAUUGUUGAUAUUUUCCCUUUUUAAAAAAAAAAAAUACCAUUGAAAUCAGCAUGACAAAAUAACACUGUUG